UUUAUUUUGAAGGACGAUCACUCAAGCCGGAAGUGUUUACAUUCUGUUAGCGUUAAGAAGUUAGCAUAAAACACCUAAACUUCAAAGCUAAUUCUGGCUGCUUAUGCUUCAUUUAUGUCUGUCAUUAAGAAAAGGAAACUACAACGACGUCAGCUGGACAAGCACAUAACGUAAAAAAAACAUUCUCAGUUAACGGCUUCAUGGACUUUUAUUUCCUCCGCUAACUCCGCUAGCUAGCUAAACUUGUCAUGGCUGCUAACCCUCCAGGACAAGGCUUUCAGAACAAGACCCGUGUGGCUAUCCUGGCGGAGCUGGACAAGGAGAAAAGGCGGCUGAUGCAGAGCCAGUCCACGAACAGCCCCGGAGCAAACAUCCCUCUUUCGUCCAGACCCAGCCUGAAGGAGGCGAGGGACAGCGCGGAGCAGCAGCACAUCGCCGCCCAGCAAAAGGCCGCCCUGCAACACGCUCACGUCCACUCUUCCGGUUUCUUCAUCACUCAGGACUCCUCGUUUGGGAACCUCAUCCUCCCGGUGCUCCCCCGACUGGAGCCCGAUGUUUGACUCUGAACCUCCGAACAAAUACCGACCAGUGCCCCGGCCCGGGGGAACAACUCACAUGCGAAUAAUUCGCGUUCUUUGUCCUGUAAUCAACCAAAUGGUGAUUUAGGCAUCUAAACAACUUCACUGACAGAAUAAAAUAUAUUGAACGCAAUCAGUGUUGAUCUAUUAGCAGGGAUUUAGAUAGGAAUCCGGCCCCCUAGAAAGAACAGUGCUGUGUCAGCCCUCUUUUAAGUAAUUAAUACGUUCUGCUGUAAUUAUAAAAGCAUUACGUUUCUCUUCACUUACGAUGAUACAUGUAGAUCUAUGGAGAGCUAUAACAUAUUAAUAACACGCUUUGGUAACUUAAGGAUUUUCUAUGGAAGGUGCUGAUGGAGAUAGAAAUGUCAUAUAGGGAAGGGAAAGCAUUUGCUAGCCGAGAGUUGGAAAGGCACAUUUUCAUAAAGCAUAUUCGAGCCCAGGUGUACUGAUUGAUUUCUUGGUACCUGGGUGAAUAAACUAUUGUCUGUUGCAUGCAAUGUAUGUAAUAGGGACUUGGAGGUGAUAGUUUAUACAGGCCUAUACAUAAUGCACACAGCACUAUAGGUCUAUAGGGGCCAAACAACUAUUAUUUGCCCAAGGGAAUAAUUGUUCUGCAUUUUCUCUUUAGAAAAAGGAGGUAAUAACACACUAAUUGCACAAUAACAAAGUUGUUUCAAACAUCCACUAUGUACCUGUAAAUUCUAUAUUUUUAUACACAUUGUUUUUUUACAUGUCAAUAUCAUCACUGUCAAUAUGAAUAUAUGCAUUCUGUAUAUACUGCCAAAUCCAACUACCUCAUGUAUAUAAAGCAACCUGUUAACAUUAGUAAUUAAUAUUUAUUCCAGCACCCUUUGCACUUUUAUAUCUGUACACAUAGCAAUCAAAACCGGAGUCUAAUUCCUUGUUUGUGUACACACUUGGUCAAUAAAGCUGAUUCUGAUUUUGUC